CGCGGCCGAUCGGGUUCUGCGCCCCCAGCAUCCGCGCUGCCCAUGGCCGAGGCGUCCGAGCCAGACUUCGGGGCAGCCGAGGGCGCGGCGGGGCCGGCGGUGGAGACGCCGGGCUGGGAGGCGGGGGAGGACGCGGGCUCGCAGGCCGGAAGUUAUGAGACCCGACGCUGCGGGCCAGCCAAGUGGGUCAGCACCCGCGUGGAGUCCCUGGACUGGGAUUCGGCCAUCCAGACCGGCUUCACCAAGCUCCGCGGCUACGUGCAGGGCAACAACGAGCGCGAGAUGAAAAUAAAGAUGACAGCUCCAGUGAUGAGCUACGUGGAGCCCGGCCCGGGGCCUUUCAGUGAGUCUACCAUUACCAUCUCCCUCUACCUCCCCUCGGAACAGCAAUCCGAUCCGCCCCGGCCUUCCGAGUCAGAUGUCUUCAUUGAAGACAGAGCUGGAAUGACAGUGUUUGUACGGUCAUUUGAUGGAUUUUCCAGUGGCCAAAAGAACCAAGAACAACUUUUGACAUUAGCAAGCAUUCUGAGGGAAGAUGGAAAAGUUUUUGAUGAAAAGGUGUUUUACACUGCAGGCUAUAACAGUCCUUUCAAACUGCUCGACAGAAAUAAUGAAGUGUGGUUGAUUCAGAAAAAUGAGCCUUCCAAAGAAAACGAAUGAGAAAAUGAAAGGUCAUUGCCAGAGGUGAACUUUCCAUUGAAUAUAGGUGUCAACACCACCUCUUAAGUAAAGUAAGUGUAGAAUCUUCUAUUUGAGAGGACUAGUAUGAAAUCACACUCAUUUCCAGUGUGCCUUUUUAAUGCCUAAAGCUUUAUGUAGAUACACAGGUAACUGGGGGCAAGACUCUGAACAUGGAAAUCAGUUAUAAUUCUGGUGGCUUUUCUUUCUGGAAAGAUCUAGAGAAUUGCCAUGCUACCUCCUCUUCCUUGAGUCACAAUCAUGUUGUCAUGUUCCUGCAUAUGUCCAGUGCAUGUUAUACUUUCUAGAUAAUAUCAGUAAAAAUAGUUAACACUUACCUGAUAGGGACCUAUGAGGCUGGAGUGGUUAAAUUCAGUUGGAAACAGAAAUAAAUCAUUUUUUUGUGGCUGCACUGUCA